UCGAUAAGCCUAAUAGCACAUGAUGGCGAGUUCUAGAGAUCUUGGAAACAAGCGUUGUUAACUUGAAUGGCUUCAGGAAUGGAGAAGACGAAAGACAAGAAGAAAAUGAAUGCAAAUUGGUGUUCAAAACAUUUCCUAUCAAAAGAGGACCUCAAAGAGCAUUUCUGGUCCCUGUCACACCAUAAAAAAGUGGAGGGAGUUAGCAAGAGCAGCCUCCACAACUGCACUGUGUGCUUCACAUCAUGUCACAGUCUAGAAGACUAUGGGAAACACUUGGAGUCUGAGAAACAUAAUGCUGCUGUGACUAAGGAAAGGAAAGCUGCCCAAGAGAGAAAAGAUAAUCCUCAUCAGCCGCCCCCUCUCCCUCCUCCACCCCUAGCCAAGUCACAAGCAGCCGUCAAGACACAACCCCUGAGCCACAAACCUCCUCCACUUUUGCCAAACUUGCAUCCACCCGCCACUCCUUACUGGGCAAAAAACAAGCAAAGGGCUAUAAAGUAUCCAAGUGGUUAUGAUCAGUCAUGGCACAACAGUACCUCCAGCAAGUCUACACAUCCAGCCACACAGCCAUGGCAAGGGGCUAUCACAGAUUUGCGGUACUCAGACACCUGUGGUAAAUCGUGGGACAAUAAUGUCCAAGGGACACAGCCGUGGGAAGGUGUUUCCAGAAAUGCUCAGAAUGAAUGGGUCAGCCAAGACUUCACAAGUGAUGUUUAUGACUUGGCAUCUGGCAGUUGGCAGCAGUCCUUUUCUAAUGGAGGACAAGUUUACGGCAAUUAUGUCAGUGGGUGGCAUGGCUACAGUGGUGAUUGGAACAACUACAUGAGUGGAUGGAAUUGGAACAACUGGGAUGUUAACACCCACAACAACAGUAGGGGAGGUAGAGGUGGAAGGUCUGUACACAAGACACCUAACAACAACAAGCCUUUUCACAAGGGGAAGGGCUCAAGUGACAAAGGGAAAUGUAAUCCCCAAAACAAAGGAUGGCCAAAAUCUGCCAAAUCUGCCAAAUCAAAAAAAAAGGCAAAGGCAAUGGCCAAGAAAAUGUCCAUCAAAAUGUCAUCUAAGAAAAAACACAAGACAAAGACUGUUUCUUGCAAAAAAUGGUUAGGAUCUCAAAAAUCACCAAUUCAAGGCAUGAAGAUAUCCAGUAAGAAUAUUGGCAGUAACCAUACAGUUACGUUUGAAAGAAGUUGUGUUAAAAGAACUGUUUCUUUAGAGUCAUUGAGACAUUCAGGUUCAUGGAAUCAAUCCAGGAGUACAAGUGCAACUCCAGUAGAAAGUUCAGGGCCGACAAGUGUAUCCAGGAGUAAAAGUGCAACUCCAGUAGAAAGUUCAGGGCCGACCAGUGUAUCCAGGAGUACAAGUGCAACUCCAGUAGACAGUUCAGGGCCGACAAGUGUAUCCAGGAGUAAAAGUGCAACUCCAGUAGACAGUUCAGGGCCGACAAGUGUAUCCAGGAGUACAAGAGGAACUCCAGUAGAAAGUUCAGGGCCAACAAGUGCAUCCAGGAGUACAAGUGCAACCCCAGUAGAAAGCUCAGGGCGGACCAGUGUAUCCAGGAGUACAAGUGCAACUCCAGUAGAAAGUUCAGGGCCGACAAGUGCAUCCAGGAGUACAAGUGCAACUCCAGUAAAAAGUUCAGGGCUGACCAGUGUAUCCAGGAGUACAAGAGGAACUCCAGUAGAAAGUUCAGGGCCGACCAGUGUAUCCAGGAGUACAAGUGCAACUCCAGUAGACAGUUCAGGGCCGACCAGUGAAUCCAGGAGUACAAGUGCAACUCCAGCUGAAUGUUCAGGGCCGACAAGUGUAUCCAGGAGUACAAGUGCAACUCCAGUAGAAAGUUCAGGGCCGACAAGUGUAUCCAGGAGUACAAGUGCAACUCCAGUAGAAAGUUCAGGGCCGACCAGUGAAUCCAGGAGUACAAGUGCAGCUCCAGCUGAAUGUUCAGGGCAGACGAGUGAAAAAGAUUCCAGAAAAACUGAUGAACAUAUUAGCAAGCCUGCAGCAUUGACAAGCUCCAAUAAACCAGUUGCUGCAAAGUUACCCAAGCUGAAUGGUGAUAUGGUAAAGAAGGAUAGCUUUGUUCAGAUGGUGAAAUCACCUCGGUCUUGGAGGGACAGACAUAAGCUGGCAGAAAUGAUGCGAAAGCAUGUCAAAACUGUCCCAAAACGACACGUUUCCAUUUCUAAUCUUCAUCUGUCGGAGAUGUUUGCGGAUUUACCUGAGCCCACUGGUGAAGUACACCUGGAAAAUUUGCCGUCACAACUUCAGGUUAAGAUUGCUGAUCUGAUUGAACCUAGCCAGGUGACGGAGUCAUGUAGUAAGGAUGUGGCAAGCUCAUCUGCAGGAUUAGAUGAGUCGGCAAAGUCACUAUUAAGCAAUGACUCAGAUUUGGACAGCGUGCUAAAAGCCAUCAAGACAGAGCCAGGGCUAAACUCAGUGGACACUCAUUUGCCUGUUGGCUCAGGUCUCAGUAGAAAAACAAGUUUGCAAAGUACUGUCACAGAAACUUCAAAGACUUCACAAAGCAACUUUUUGUCGUCAAAGAGGUCUUCUUUGGAACCUAGAUCUUGUAAUGUUCCUGCUAGUGUUAGGUCAGAACCAAUUCCAGAUUCCAAGUUAUCAGGCCAUUUUCCUUAUAGUACUACAGGUAAGCCUAAGACAUGUACAACGUCUCUGAGUUGUCCUGUAACAGGAGGGUUGGUCCAACACGUCUCUUUAAACCAGAAAACUUCUGGAGUGGCCAAGAACACAACAAUAUAUAUGACUCCAUCAGUGAUUCGUUCUUCAUUGGCAGAUGUUUUGAAAUCAACAGCUCCCUCUCCAGUGAAUUCCAGCAAAUCAAACAUGUUUUCAACCUUGCCAUCCCCGUCAUUGGUUACACCAGUGGUCUCUUCCCACAUCUUACCAGUCCCUGCCCAGACAACGACGACAACAUUACCAAGUGGGUCUGUGUCAUCCUCUAGACAGCCUGUUUCUUCCACCAUAACAGUCAGUGGUGCUUGUUUGGGAACAAACCGUAUCACAAACUGUACGGUUUCAGAGUCUCAGCCUGUGAGUUCAGCCUCAUCUUUUACAGCAAAUGUAACCUCCACGGUAACAGCAGCAUCAGGUACAAACUCCUCUUUAGUGUCAGCUACGUUAGCUUUGCCCAAACUGUCCAGUCCACAGACAAAUGGUAGAGUAAGGAAGAAAUCCCCAGCAGAUCCUGGCAAAAGGAAACAGACAAGUCAUCACAAUUCUCGUUCCUUAACUGAACAUGAAGAAGAAGCUAGCGUUAAAAAUUCCUGCACCUCUGAGACGCUGAGUUAUGUGAACAGGGUGUUAGAGCUCAGCAUGAAAGAGGAGGCACUGCGUGAAGACAUCCAGGAAGUGAAUAGCCAGAUGGACAUGGUGCACAGGCUGCUUCUCAAUUACCAGCUCCAGUUCACUACCCUUGAUCGGAGAAGAAAUCAGUUAUUGAAGGAGGAGGAAUCCCUGAGAGCUGAAAGAAUGAAGAUUUUACAGGAAGCUGUUUGGGAAGCGGGUCCAAGUCGUUCCUCCAGAGAAGUUCCCAAGAGGACCUCAGAGGUUGGAACUGAAGAUAUUGCUGGCUCAGCACAAGUGUCUAGAAAUCACAGGCAGGUCAAUGGAGGUCAGGAAAGUCAUGGAGAGGGCAGAAUAAGCUGUGCUGAUCUAUGGGAAAGGCGAGCUAGUCAUGACGAGAAUAGCAGGCUGCAGAGUGAAACCUGCGCCAGUCCUGCUGAACGAGUAACAUCCACACUUACAUAUAGUGUUGUACCUAACCAUUCCUCUGGGAACUCCCUCACUCAGGAGUCUCGCAUUGGAAAUGUUACUUCUUCUUCAGGGACAACAUGCAUGAAAACAUCAGCUGAGAGAGCAAAUGAAAGUGUCCGUCAACAGCCAAAUCCAGAAUGGCAUAGUGUGUCGAGUGGACUUCCUGGUGUGGUAGUCAAGGUAGAACCAUUGAGUGAUACAGAAGAUGUGGCUGAGGAGGCGUUUCCCCUAACAAAUGGUACUGUAUCAUGCAAACGUACAUUGAGCAGUCCCAGUCCUUUGGGUAAUCCCAAUCAUUUGAGCAUCCUCAAACCUUUGAAUAACCCUGAUUCAGAGCCACAGACAGGGGUAGUGUUUAAUAAAAACCCUGUGCUAAGGGAAACAUAUGGCAACAAUGGCAUAGAGAAGAACGGUGAGGGUAAUCACAGUGACCCAGAAGUUGGUAUGUUGCCCAGUAAUAACACAGUAUUAUCAGACAGUGACACAAGAAAAGUGGAAUCCAUGGUAACCAGCUCAGUAGCCAGGGAAUUGUCCCGUGAUAGAACUAUUAUUGGAUUUCACUGUGGACAUCUCGGUGAAAACAAAGCAUCUGUGGAAUCACCUGGGAGCCAGCUUGCGCCAAAUUUUCCUGCUAUUACUGCCUCUCUCAGAAUGGUUGAUGAUGCCUCAAAUGGGACAAGUUUCCUGGCUGAGCAGUCGAUUGGAAGUGAAUCUGUUCUCAAAAAACCUAGAAAAAGUCAAAAGAUUUCUGUACCAAAAACUAAGAAAAAGCCCCAGAGAAAAAAAGGUGCGAGCAAAAUGGCUAAGGCGUCAGACAACAGAAUACUGCAGGAGAAGCUGGGCUUGGUAAAUACACAGCUGCCAGAUUUCUGCAUGCAGUACAUGGGAACCUUGAAAGAGGGUGAUGAUAAAAGCACUAUUAUAUCAAAAUUAGCGUCCAAUUUAAUUGCGUCUCAGUUAUCUGCAGUACAGUCCGAGCCGUGGGAAGUCCCUCUGCCUGAACCCAGUUGUUCCUCCGGUGCAACUGAACCAGUCACAAAGCCCUCUGACCACAGUACAACUUAUCAACAUGAUGACCAUCAGGCAAAGGAAUUGUUUUUCAGUCGUUUAAAAGAAACGUUUGAUCAAUCUAUGACAGGACCUGCAGAUAACGAUGUAGAGAGUCUGCUUGAUAAACCCAGGACCAAUCUUCCAGACACAAAAGUUCCUGAUGGCAUUACGGUUCAGCAGAAAUUUGGUGCAAAAGUUGGUUCGCAACAUCAGACUGGGAUAACUGUUGCUGAACAUUCAGCCCAUAAGGACUUCUCUCUUGCACUUAUGUCCCCACCCGCUCACACCAAGACUAAGAAAGGAGAUCGCAUACGGAAAAAAAGAGUACAGCUGCUAAGAAACCAUACCAUUGAUGACUGUAGCUCUGACUCCACAACACAAGAUGAAGAGACCAACACUUGCAGAAGACGAACGAAGCGGCGGCGGCUUGCUCACAAGAAGACUUUUGCGUCUGUGUCGGCUAGCAGACCAGAUAACUAUGUUGUGUUGUCUAGCACAGACACAGAAAAUGUCAGUGAGAGGGAAAGCAAAGUCAAAGCCAGUGAUGUAAACUCCAAUGAUGAAUCAUUCAACGAGACUGAGAAGGCAGAUGUGGAUAUGAGCCAGCUGAAGUGCAAAAAGUUUACUGGUCCAGAUUGUAAUGUGACUUGUGUGAAGGUGCACCAAAACCAGCUUUAUGUCUGCUACAAUGGAUACUGUGCCAGGAAGUUUGAUCUCAGUUUAGAAGGCAGUGGGUGUGUACAGGAGUAUAGCACUGGGGACGUGCCCAUUAUGUGCAUGGCUGUCACAAACAAGGGUCACAGCACCAAGAUGACUCGGGUGUUCCUCGCAGGUGAUGGACAGGUCCUUUUCAUUUUCAAUGCAAAGACUGGGGAUCAAAUAGACAAGCAAAAUUUUGGAGACAAAAUCCGAUGUUUGCACUGCCGCUGGGGACACAUGUUUAUGGGCCUUAACAACGGUGCAGUGAUGAUAUAUGAUCUGAAAGAGAACAAAUCUCUGGGGGCGUACCGAUGUGCCUCUAAAGCCAUAACUUGUGUCACCUCGGCCACGGAAGGUGUGCGCAAAAUUAUCUGUGUGGCAUCACUGGAUGCUUCAAUAGGUGUGUUUGAUGCAAGCUCAGGGGUGAUGCUGCGGACGUUAGGGGGCCAUACAGGUGUUCCCAAUGCACUUCAGACCUGGAACCAUCAGCUGUUCAGUGUGAGUGGAGAUGGACGUACUUUGGUACAUGAUAUAUGUACUGGAGCAUUAGACCAGAUUCUGACGAGAGCAGGAAGCUAUUUGUCAGCAGUCUUGCCCAUUGAUGUGGACAACGAGUUAUUUGUGUUAACUGCAGGAUAUGACAAGUUCAUCCGCUCCUACAACUUUGGAAGACAGAAGGUAGAACAGAUGUAUUACGGUGCUGGCUACGGUGUGCUCACUUGUAUGAUAAUGUACAACGGCAUGCUUUUUACCGGGAACCGGGAUGGACUGGUUGAAGUUUUGCCUUAUAAUCCACAAGUGUGCUGCCCCUGUGAGGCUGAGAAGUGUAAGUUUGUGUUUGGACUGUUUGAGCACAAGUUCUACCACAUGAGAGUAGAUCACCAUUUAGUGUCCUGCUCAUGGAAGUCUUGUGGCCAGUUACUAUCCACAGCAGAUGAGAAAGCAAUUGAUGAUCACAUGACCAGACAUCUUCUGAAGUCCUGAGGGGUAGACACAGUACAGGCGUACAUAGCGGGGAGUAACUCUCCAAGGGCUGUGUGCCAGUGUGCUGUUUUCUUCCUGUUUUUCACACCAAGAAUAUUUUGACAUUCUUGCUGUUAUUUUUUUAAAACAAAGCACUGCAGCAACGCAAGAGAGCAGUUUUGUGUUGUCAAAUAGAGAGUAUAACAUGGGGUAAGAUUAUACCCCCUGAUGCUCCAGACCAGCAGACACACAGUGUAUUAAGAGGGUACUGUGACCACACAUCUAAGCCAGCUGGAAUGACCAGGCGACAUGUGUAUGCAUCUGCUGGUCUAAACUUGUGAUACUAAUGAAAACAUGAGGCAGAAAUUCUCUGUAUUCAGGAUAUAUUUAGCAUAAUCUGCCUGUAUAAUGAACAUGUAUGGAAUUAUUAAAUAAGCGGUACAUGGACUAGUUUGAUAGGGCUUCGAGACGACAGCACUGUUUGGCCUCCUAAAGCCUAGUAAUCUCUGGAUGAGGCACCCAUGGAUUUUCUUUGCACAGGUUUAUAAGGUGAUCCUAAGCACUCGAGUGUUAUUUAUUUCAUUUUUUGUAUGAAAAUAAACGCCAUGUUUAUUGGUGGUGCUUGAUUUGAAAUUUGAUUUCAUUAACAAGCGCAAGUUGUGUAUGAAGUCAUGAAAAAUAAAUAUUCUUGUUUAUAUAC